AUGAGUGCUAGAGUCAUUGAGAUCACUGAAUUUGCCAAAGGAGUUCAAGAUGUUUGGGAGGCUUAUGAAGCAGUUGGGUUCGAGAAGGGGAGACAACUGAGUGAGUGCUCCACAUCUUCCGGUAAAUACGAAGUUCCGAGUCCUGGCCAAGUGACGAGCAGAACCAAGGAAGUCAACACUGCCCUUACGUCUUUUGUCGAGACGAAGUUUGCUAGCCUCUUCUGUUUAGGGGAGUUAGAUUAUGAUGGCUUCCGCCAGUUUUGUGGCAAGAGAAGCCUGAGAGGUUCUUCCUCAGACUUUGAGGGCUGA